AGCGCUGGACUCGUGGUUUGCCGUGCGGGUGCGGUCUGUGCAUCUGGUCCAUGGCCGGUGGAUAAUGAACCGAGUGGUUUCGGUUGGUAUCUCAUUGUAACAGUUGUUUGUGUGAAGAGCCAGGAUAUGUUUUCAGCAACUUCCCAACAGACACCAGGACUGGAAGAAUAUAACCAAGAGGAUGAAGACGUGAACCCUGAAUAUUCCAAUGAAGAAGAAGACGCCACCAGCGGGGUGUAUGUAUUCCAAACUGCAGAAGACAAAGACCAUGGCCUGUGUCCGGAGCAUCCAGAACAAAAGAACGACAAAGAGUCCCCGAGGCUUUCUGCUGCUUCUUCCAGUAGCAAUGAGAAGUUAUCCAGCUCCACCUCACUUUGCACAGAGUUUUACGACUCUGACCGGCCUGUGAGCGUCAUCUCCACAGCAUCGUCUGGCUCUUGCCGUGAAAUCUAUGAGAAUAUAAGUGGCGGGUUUAAGGGGGAAGAACAGGUGGAAAACGAGAAGACGCGUCAGGACAUGGAGCUGGUGUCAUCUGCUGCAGGUAGCCUGCAAGCAACCUACCGAGAAAUGCAGAGCGGGAUGAAAAGUGCUCGUACUCCAAACAGCAACACGGCAAACAGGCAUAGUCGUCUUGGCUCUAGAUCCCUCUCGCCCUUUGGGACUAAGGUUAAUGUAAUCACACAUAAAUUAAGCUACGUGGAACGCGUGGUGUUGGAGAUCAUAGAAACCGAGAGGAUGUAUGUCCAGGACCUGCGCAGCAUUGUAGAGGAUUAUCUCGGGGGUAUUAUAGACAGACAGGAGCUUCCUAUGAAGCCCGAGCAAGUCAGCGCUCUCUUUGGAAACAUUGAGGAUAUUUAUCAGCUCAACAGCGAGCUUCUCCAGGAUCUCGAUAGCUGCAGGGAUGACCCCGUGGCUGUUGCCAGUUGCUUUGUUGAAAAGAGCCAGGAGUUUGAUAUUUACACCCAGUACUGCACAAAUUACCCCAACUCUGUAGCCACCCUGACAGAGUGCAUGAGGAACAAAGUCCUAGCCAAAUUCUUCCGAGAGAAGCAGGAGAUGCUUAAUCAGUCCCUUCCGCUAGGUUCCUACCUCUUGAAACCAGUACAGAGAAUACUGAAAUAUCACCUUCUGCUACAGGAAAUAGCUAAGCACUACGAUGUUAAAGCAGAAGGGUAUGAGAUUGUGGAAGAAGCUAUAGAAACCAUGACCGGUGUCGCCUGGUACAUCAAUGAUAUGAAGAGGAAGCAUGAGCAUGCUGUGCGGCUGCAGGAGAUCCAGUCUCUUUUAUUAAACUGGAAAGGUUUGGACCUGACCACUUACGGAGAGCUAGUUCUAGAAGGAACUUUCAGGGUCCAAAGGGUCCGUAAUGAAAGGACCUUUUUCCUGUUCGACAAGGCCCUGUUCAUCACCAAGAAACGCGGGGAUCACUUUGUCUACAAAACCCACAUUCCGUGUUCAAGUUUAAUGCUGAUCGAGAGCACCAGGGACUCGCUCUGCUUCAGUAUAACUCAUUAUAAGAACAGUAAACAGCAACAUAACUUGCAGGCCAAGACGGUGGAAGAAAAGCGUCUUUGGACUCACCAUAUCAAGAAGCUUAUUUUGGAAAAUCAUGAUGCCAUCAUACCACAAAAGGCCAAGGAAGCGAUUUUAGAGAUGGAUGCCAUUUAUCCAGGUCGAUACAGAUAUAGCCCUGAGAGACUGAAGAAGGCAAUGUCAACGGUGGACCCCCCUGUCACUCACCGGUCAGGGCGCAGGCAGUCUGAGCCAGCAAAACACAUUCUAAAGCAACUGGGGGAGAAAGUUGGAUUAAAGCACGCAGGCAGUGAUGGAGCGCUACUGGAUUUUGGGGACAUUCUCCAGCCCAAUACCAGCAUAGAGCAGCCUCAGGCUGAGGGACAUGAAGAGCAACCGGCCAGUACACAACUGAGUAGGAACUCGGGGGCAGAUCUGAGUGCCUCUGAGGAGGAGGAAGAGGUGGAAAUACAUUUGAGAGAGGAUGACCAGAGCAAGGAGUCUGUGUCACAAGAAUCCCAUAAAGGAUUUAAGAGACAGAACAGUCAGUCUUCUGGAAAUGCAGAGAAGAGACGGAGUGUGGAGGUUACAGCUGCAUCUCAAGAGGUUGUGUAUGAAAUGGAAAAAGAAAAUUCUGAGCCAGAAGCCACUUACAGUACAGUUGUGGUCAGCUCUUCUGAUAUUGUGUUAGCUGCCCCUUUGGAACACAUUGAGGAUAAUCAACCAGAAGAGGAGGAAAGAGGGAUUCACCAGGAUGCACAUAAUCCAUCGGAAAGUGUAGAAACGGAAACUACAGAAGACCUCAAGACAUUCAGCAGUGAGGAGGAAGACGAAGAGGCAACAUCCCAUGAAUCAACCAGUAUCCUACCUCCUUCUGUGCUUGACCAAGCUAGUGUUAUUGCUGAGAGAUUUAUAAACAACAUAUCCAGAAGAAGUAGCUUGGCUUUGGAUGAUGGGAAAGUUAUCGGUUAUUUAACCCCCAGAUUAACAAGCCGGAGCAGCAGUGUAUUAAGCUUGGAAUGCACAGAUAAAAUGCUCUAUCAAAAUGGGUCCUCUGAUUUUGAAAACUCUGUACCAGCCCAAGAAUCGCUGUCAAAUUCUGAUACAGCCAUUACAGAGAUUACUCUCAAUAAUGGCAACCCUUCUGGCAUAGAAAAUGUGUUUGAGGAGAGAGAACGAGUCAGCUGUAAGAGAAGAGAAUCCAUUCUUUCCAUCCAAGAUAGACAACUCCUCAACAAAAUCAAAUCGUACUAUGACAAUGCAGAGAAUCAAGAUGCUUCGUUUAGCAUCAAGCGCCGGGAGAGCUUGACUUAUAUCCCCGCUGGACUUGUCAGAAAUUCUGUAUUUAAAAUAAACAGUUUGCCCCGGUGUGAUACCAGCCAGGUUUCUUUGCCAAGGGCACGACUCAACAGCUCUGGGAAUAUCAGUAAUGGAGGCAGCAGGCUUAAUUCCUGGGGAGAUGUGUCCAGUUCAGUGACAGAAGACUCAGAACAACAUAGUUUCCAAGCAAAACAAUCAGUUGUGGCAUCCAAGAACGGGGUGGCAGAAGACCAGUUCCCAGUUUCUGAUGAAGAGUUCAAAUCUCCUGAGGAAAUGAUGAAAAUUUGGGAGGAGAUUGAAAACGUGGGUGCAUGGAAAGACGUGAAUGUAGUCAUAACAGAUGUCACCACUAAGAACAGCGUGGACAACCCAGCAAGAGUCCUAGAAAAUAAAGUGGAAUCUCCUGAGCCUCUUGUGAUACUGGAAGACGGCGACCUUAGUACCAUAACGGAGGAAUCUCCGGUAACCACGCCAGAAAGCACGUCUCCUAACCAGUUAAGGACAGCUGAUAUAGUCUUUAACGAAAAGGACUUCAGAACGCCCAUCAAACUUCACCCCCAAAUAAUGCAGAUUGCAAACUGCAUGGAUGCAGAUAUGUCAGAAAAGAUGAAGAACAAGGUGUUUCAGUUGGCCAGGCAGUACAGUCAGAGGAUAAAGUGUAAUAAGCCGGUGCCUCACAGACGGUUGAAGGAAAUAGAAGAUGAGCUCAGAAGAGGUAGCCUGCCGUCUGUUAAAGAGGAAAAAAUAGAGCAAAAAGGCAAACUAAAGCCCAUGAUGUCACUUCCUACCUAUGACCAUAUUGUGCUGCAAGAACUCAGCCCUUCAAGUCCAACAUCUGCCUCGUUCAGGGAAAAAUCGCCAAAGCGCCUCUCUUUCUCCACUUCUGAUGAUAGCCAGGAAACUGCGUCUCCUGGGAAGUCUGAUGGCAGAAGUCCUCUGAGUCCAGUUAAAACAGAAAAAUUCCACUGGCCGGAUGUCAGAGAACUGAGAUCCCGGUACACACACACAGCUGGCACUGGGAAAGCUCUUUCAGUUAAUAGGAGCCAUUCUGUGCCAGACAAGAUGAUUGAGAAUACAGAGGAUAGUUCGCUCAAUCAAAAUAAAGAACAUAUGACCCACUCAUACAGUAUGAACAUAAAUUACUCUGAUGGCAAGAAUAGAGAAACAAGCUAUAGUAACAGACCACUAAGUAAUGUUGAAAAUACUAUGCCUGUUUCACCCGGUCUACUAGAGAAAACCAAGACCCUUCAGAACAGUAGAAAUUCUGGACAAGGGAUGGACGUUGGCUACUAUAUUAGUGCAGAAGCAACAUUGGAGAAUAACAAAAAAGUUAUAGUGAUGGAGAAGCUCCCCAUGGUUAAAGGUUUUAUAGAUUGUUCUGCCCAUGAUCUGGAAAGUGAUGAGACAUACGUACACAUCAGAUCACCAACCACCAGAGAAAAGAUUUCCCUCAAAGCAGUGAUUGAACGUUGCAAAGCUUAUCAAGAGUCUGAAGAAUAUAGAAUCAGGGAGGAGAACGCAAGGACAGAAGUUUCCACCGAACCCAAUCAAGAUCCUUCACCAGGAGAAUCAAAGCAGGAGAAGCAACUUUUGCAAACAAAUGAGCAGAACAGAGUGAAGAGUCUGAGAGAGAAAUUUCAGACACUGACCUCAAGUAGUUGCAAACAUUCUGAACUUCAUGAAAAUUCAUGAAAAAAAAAACGUUUUUUAAAAAAAAUCCAGAUGGAAUACUAACUUCCAAUGGAAGCAUCUUUUGUGUAAAAACGCGUGGUUUUCACCAUGUGUAUCACUGACCACUGCAGAAAUGACACUGUAAAAAGUAACUUUGUAUAGAAAGAUGUUAUUUAAAUUAUAAUAGCAGCAUUUUGUAUUUUAACCUCUAUUUCUUUCCAAUGGCCAAUGUAGUAUUUUGACAUUACUUAUUAAAUUUGGUAAGUUGUAUAAAACACACCAGCUUAUGAUUUGCAUUUACCUUUUUUUUUUUUGUUUUUGUUUUUUACGGCAGAAUAUGCAAAGUGUAUACUUUGGCUAGUAAUUUUUGGUUUGUAUCAGCUCCAUUUUAAUAUUUCAGAAAAUCAAGCUUUUUUUCUCUAAUUCUCUGUAAUGUAAAUACAACUCAUUCUAUAAAGCGUAUUGCAAUAAUUUA